AUGAAUCCGCUACUUUCUGUGACCGUUCCAAGACUGGCUAGGUUUCCCAUUCGUUACUUCAUCUCCAACUCUAGUUUAAAACUAUCGAGCUGUCUACAUGUGACGCCCAACCUGCACUCAAUUAAUCACAUCUCUUCCAGUCCACGAGGAAAAGUUAUUACUGUCCCCAACAUUUUAACGUCGUUACGCAUUGGGGUCACCCCCUUGAUUGUUUCACUUAUCAUAAAGCAAGAUCUUCUGUCAGCUACUAUUCUGACUGCGGCUAUCGGAUUAACAGAUGCUGCUGAUGGUUAUAUUGCUCGACAUUUUCCAUCGCAACAAUCCAUUGCAGGUUCCUACCUGGAUCCUUUAGCUGACAAGUUCUUCAUCUCCCUGAUUUCUUUGGCCAUGGCGUACUCAGAACUUCUUCCUAUAAGUUUGGUAUCAUUAUUUCUGAUACGGGAUGCACUUCUCCUCGUUGGAGCCUCCUACCUGCGUUUCAUCUCACUGGGUCGUCCGCGCUCUCCACUAGGUCUGAUAUUCCCUAAAGAGGCAGCAAUCGAAAUGAAACCAACCAAGUCAAGCAAGGUUUGUCGUGUAACAUCUUGCACUUCCUGCUCUAUGGUAAGUCAAAUUCUCAUACUCAAUGUUUUCAGGCUGAUUGCCGCGGGCACAACUAUCUACUCAGGCUUCGGGUACGCAAAGAGCUUCCCUAAAUUCCUUCAUGAAGCUCUCAACAUUUCGGCCUCCAAGAAGGGGUAG